CGCCAUCGCCCUGUCCAAUUACUUCUUCCGUUCUGGCGAGAACUUCCGGUAAUGUCCGCUGUUCUGGUUGAGGAGGCCAAAUAGCGACAGACAUGAUGUCUGCAGCUCUGCGUGUGCUGUACUCAGCCUCUCGGGCAGGCAGGGUGUCUGUCUGUCCCAUGCUGGUGCGUCCCUUCAGCCUGUCUGUUCACAGAGAGGGAUACAAGUAUGUCAACGCUCAGGAGCUGCCCACAGACAUGAAGUCAAUCACAGACAAAGCUGCUCAGACCUUGUUGUGGACAGAGCUCUUUAGAGGUGAGAGCCCCACUUUCCCUCUCAGUGCAGUGUUAAUGUCCUGUAGUGUCCAGUCAGUGUGUCUGUACUGUAUUAACCCCUCUCUCAGUCAGUGUGUCUGGACUGUAUUAACCCUCCCCCUCUUUCAGGCAAUCACCAUAGAAGCAGAGCCUCGUGCAGAUGGCAGCAGGAGAACGACUCGAUAUGACAUUGACAUGACCAAGUGCAUCUACUGUGGCUUCUGUCAGGAGGCCUGUCCUGUUGAUGCUAUUGUAGAGGGUCCUAAUUUUGAGUUCUCCACAGAGACCCAUGAAGAGUUGCUUUAUAACAAGGAGAAACUGUUGAACAAUGGGGACAAGUGGGAGGCAGAGAUUGCUGCCAAUAUACAAGCAGACUACCUGUACAGAUAGGUCCAGUGAGACACAUUCAAACGCAGUGCCUGCCUGCCUGCCUGCCUGACACACACACUGACUGACUGGCACAGACAGAGGUAGUAGCCCACACACUGGUUGACUUUGUCUGCAGGUAGGCAGGUCGAUCCGCUGCAUGAUGCACACACCCGACAGGUGUAUAAACCGACAAGCCGGCAUCGCAGGCGUUCAUCUCUUGACAGGCCAGUUGGCAGGUACACACUCUCACACAGGUGCUGUGGCACCGUGCAGUGCCACGAGCGCAGACAGACACACAGGCUCGUGCAGACAGGCCCUGCGCUUGAAAAGCCCUCCUCUCCGCAGCGGCAGUCCUUUCUCACAUCGCGGCGCUGACCCCCCUGGGAGCUGGCAGCCCUCUCCCCCUCCAGGACCGAACACGGCCGUUCUUAUAAAAAAAAAUAAAAUAAAACCUGCUCGAUUCCAGA